CGGCCACCAACAUUACCUGUGUCAUCCAUCCGUCUGAGCCAACCUGGCGCAUUUCUUCGCAUUGCCUUUGUCUUCUCUGUUAGAGAACAAGGGGAAAUGUAUACGAAUCCAAGCACAUCAAGGAGGAGAAAGUUGUCAACGGUAAAACAUGUCAGAUUAUUCAGAGGCGUCCGUGGCAUCUAUAGCCUCCGCCCUUAAUUCCUCCCAGGUUCCUAACGUCCUUUGGGGCCAUUGUCUCCUCAACGUCUACGGCAUCCCUUCGAUCAUCGCCUCCAUUGAUUUUGUCCUUCCGGACAAUCUGCUAUCGCGGGGUGCAGAGGCUCUCAAAGCAAUACCCCGUCUCAAGCCAUGCCCAGAUCCAGAAACCUGUCUCGCAAGUUCCGAAGAACGGUACACGCCUCCGCCGGCCUUUCACCUUCAUAUGGACACGUCCGAGAUCACCGUUGACCUCUACCUGCAAUCAGAAACACUUUGGUUCCUUCCGACGCUCGAUGACGCCCUUCUAUGCGCAGAUGCUUCUAAACUUCCGCCAUACUUCGUGCUUGCUUCCGACCAAGACUCUCUCCCGCCUCCACGGCUUGGUCGUGGGUCUGGUGUUUUCCAGUCAAGCAAAGAGGCAGUUGUCGUUCCUAAAGCUCACGUGCUUCUGGAGGCGUUCAUACGCCUCUAUGCGCGUAACUGGGGGAAGCGUAUAGGUGCCUUUUCCAUGGCUAUGAUUGCGUAUGUGGAGGAGUACGUCGAUGACGAUGGGUUCCUGGACACUAGCCAGCUUCCGGAGCCGCUUAAAGCUUUCUAUUUCGAGCUGAGGGAGGGAAAGAAGCCGCUCCGCCAAUGGGCGAAAGAAUUGAGGCAAGCUCUUGGGGUGCUUGGAGAAGGGUCCGACGAAGAAGAUAGCUACUAGAGCAAGCAGCUUCUCCGCAGCGGAGUCACGCGGCAACCACAUCCACCUUGUUCGAUGAGACCGCAUGUAAAAUUAAAGCCCCAUGUUUUGCUGUUCCUGUUCUUAUCGUCGUUACGAGGCUUGAUCUAGCGAUCUGUGGGCAGAUGCCCACCAUAUUAGCGACCGUCCUAGCACCCAGCUUUCGUCAUACUCGAUGUCUAGGGCAAUUGCUAAGCCAAGCGCUUCUCUCAUUCCCAAGCCUGUUGUUCCGGUCGGCGAUUGAGACUACUUACGUCAGUGAUAUUACGGUCAAGGCUUGAUGAUAGUGGCUGGAAGAGAUGUAAAGCGUGUUCUAUGGGC